AGUUUUUCUUCAGUUAUUAUUUAUUUUACCAUUAAAUAUUACAAGUUUCUCCUGGAUACUCGGGAGUUUGUGAUAUUGUCCUUUCCAAUCUGUCAUAGUAAUUUUAAUUUGGUAUUGUCAUUUUGUAAACCGAAAUAAUAAAACGUGCGUGCAAACUCGCUUUGCUACUCUUUGAAAGUUUAAGGCCCCGUGGUCUGCGGCGUAUUAUUGUGUUUAAGUGAUUUUAAAGCAAGCCCCACGUUGUCAUUAAAUUCCUUAUCAAUAUUAAGUACAUAAAUAGUUCAUCUCUAAUCUCGAUAUCUCAGUAUAGCUGCGUUAACUACGGGCAACAGAGCGGUGGGCAGUUGUCCGGUGCUGAUGAAAUCAAGUAUUACACUUGAAGAAGUAGUGAAUAAAUUAGAUCACGCCGCGUUACCCCUAACAACCAGAAUGCCGAACAUCAAAGUAUUCAGUGGUAGCUCGCAUCCUGACUUAGCUCAGAAAAUCGUAGACCGACUCGGCAUCGACCUCGGCAAGGUGGUAACCAAAAAAUUCAGUAACAUGGAAACGUGUGUGGAAAUAGGUGAAUCUGUACGAGGCGAAGAUGUUUAUAUUGUGCAAAGUGGAAGCGGUGAAAUUAAUGACAACUUAAUGGAGCUACUUAUUAUGAUAAAUGCUUGUAAAAUCGCAUCGGCGUCGCGCGUUACCGCUGUUAUUCCUUGCUUCCCAUACGCCCGACAGGACAAGAAGGAUAAGAGCAGAGCUCCUAUAACAGCUAAAUUGGUCUCUAUGGUAUUAGUCGGUGAUGUGAAAGACCGUACAGCUAUACUAGUUGAUGAUAUGGCAGAUACAUGUGGAACUAUUUGUCAUGCGGCAGAGAAAUUAAUAGAGGCUGGUGCAAUAAAGGUGUAUGCCAUACUCACUCAUGGUAUCUUCUCUGGACCAGCAAUAUCUCGCAUUAAUAAUGCCUGCUUGGAGGCUGUAGUGGUAACAAACACGAUCCCACAAGAAAGGCACAUGCAAGACUGCCCUAAAAUUCAGUGUAUUGAUGUUUCUAUGAUGUUGGCGGAAGCUGUGCGUCGCACACACAACGGAGAAUCUGUCUCAUAUCUAUUUUCUAAUGUUCCAUAUUAGUUUAAUUUAUUUAUUAAGGUUCCAGCACUGACAAUGUUAUUGCUUGUGUUUGGAUGUAAUCAUAAAUUUGUUUAUGGCAUGCACUUUUAUUGUUAAACUUGUUUAGUUGAAUUUGACCUGACCAACUUGUUAAAAACAUUUUUGUUAUAAAGCAACAUUAAAGUUUGAAUGGGUACAAAGUUCCAAAACUGUUCCGAAUUUAAUUGUUACAAUGGAGCAUUGUUAAAAGACCUCACUUUCCGAUACUUUAACCUCUUUUAUUGUUUUUUAUUAAUAAUUCAAUUAAAUAAAGAAAACAAUAUUGUGUUUCACCCAGACCCAUAUUUUUUAUCUAUGAAAGGUUUUGAAAAAAUUGUUGAAACUAGUAUAACUAUGAAAUUAUUCAUUAUUUGGUCAUUUCAAUGUUUUAAAAUGUAGUUAUUUUAUAAACAACCUAAAGUUUAAAUCAAAUGCAAUAUAAUGACAACUUAAUUACAUGAGGAAAAUUUUUAAACCUUGCAAAUAAAUGGUUUUAGGUCAAUCCUUGUUUAAAAUGCAAUAAAUUUCAUUUCUACUAACAAUUCUAAACUUUAGUUUUACAAUAUAAUCUCAUAAGUUAAAUGUAAGGAUAGUAUCUAUUAUUUAGUAAUCAUUAAUUCAAAAAUAUAUUUUUUCCUAAAUAUCUGAGUUUGUACUUUUUAAUUGGAGAAAGAAGACAAAUAAUUUGAUAUAAGGAGUUUUCAUUUAAUUUUAAUUUGCAUUUAUGCAUUAGAUUUUAGUGCAUUCAUCUGACAAAUUUCAUUAUUCAAAAGACAUUAUUAGAUUUUAAAAAUAGAUGUUAUGUUGAUAUGUAAGCUUCUUAAUUUGUUUUCACAACGUAAUUGGUAGCAACAAUAAAAUUUAAGGCUUGUGUAGCUUUCAUAUUAUAUAGAAAUAACACAUUCACUGCCAACUGGCCUGGCGAUCACUUUGUACAGAAAAAUCUUGGCAUGGAGUGUGUUAAUAUUACUUUGGGUAGUAAAUGAUGACUUUUUUGAUUUUUAAAUAAUUGUUCAAUAUUAAAUGUGGGUAGUAUUAAAAUGUACCCUCAUUACCAGUGAAAGUACCAAAACGAAUUAUUUUGUACUACUUAUCUGAGAUUGUCAUCUUUUACUAUACCAAUGAAAUGAAAAACAUUUUUGUACGCAAGAAAUUUUUUCUAAUGCAUUGGCUGUGCGCCUGAUAUUUGUAAAGAGAUUUUUCUAAAUUUGUAGUACCAUUAUGUAUAUUUGGUCUAUUCGAGAAUAUUUAGGUAAUAAAAAAGCAAAUUGUCAUUCUC